AAAAAGUGUAUUCUCUUUCAUUCACUUCACUUUUCGUGCUGACAGUGUUUAGACAGUGUCUAACACCAGGUCUGUCAGAGUCUGAACACGAUGCUCACCGUCAGGAUAGCUUUAGCGGUUAGCGUGCUACACAUCCAGAGCUGGCUGGGUGCUUGUCUUUCAGAUGACAAGUUCAGUCUUCAAAACGUGGGAACUCAGGCUUGCUUGGGGGUCCUGGGGAAACGUUGCGUUGACCUGUGCUGGGCUUCCUACGGGCGAAUCCUUCUGCUAAGCUCUAACAAGUGCCUGGGUGCCCAUGGCAAGACUGAGGGCAGUGCGCUGGGCUGGUACGACUGCGACGAGACCAGUGAGCUCCAGCAGUGGGAAUGCAACAACACCCUGGUGGCCCUCAAAGGCCAGAAGAUGUUCAUUCGCAGCUCCAGCAACAUUAACUUAGAGUUAUCCAAAGACACAGGACCUCAAAGCCAGUUUGUCAUCUAUGGAACCUCCGAUGGCCCGUGUACCAGAACUCACAGGGAGUAUUUCACUAUUUCAGGGAACGCGAAUGGCCGACCAUGCCAGUUUCCUUUCUAUUACAAAAAUAAAAGUUUUGGAAGCUGUACUACAUUUGAUUCGACCACUAAGCGUACCUGGUGUUCAGUCACUACCAAAUAUACAGAUGAACUCUGGGGAUACUGCCCAACUACAUCUACUGCUUAUUGGACCAAGAACCCAGUGACAAACGAGUUCUACCAACUCAACGUCCAAUCAGCUUUGACUUGGCACCAAGCCAGUCAGAGCUGUCAGCAGCAGGAGAGUGACCUGGUCUCCAUAUCUGAGCCCCACGAGCAUGCUUACGUUGCAGGACUUUUGGGAAAUGUGAAACAAAAGCUGUGGAUUGGUCUGAACAGUCUGGAUCAGGAAAGUGGCUGGCAUUGGAGCAGUGGAAGGCCUCUGAGUUACCUGAGGUGGGAAGCUGGAAAUCCUCAACCUAACCCUGGACACAGCUGUGCGCUGAUGAACUCAGAGGUGCAGUCUGACUGGCAGAGUUCCCUCUGCACCAAGAAGCUGGGCUACGUCUGUCAGAAGCACAAGACACAACCUCCUGUCGAUCCAGUGGAUCAAGGUUUCUGUACCGCUCCGUGGAUUCCCUACACUGGCCACUGCUUCCAGCUGCACAGAGACCAGAAGACGUGGAUGGAGGCUCGUAACCAGUGUCGCAAGGAGGGGGGGGACCUAGCCAGCCUUCACAACAUCGAAGAGCAAAGCUUUGUCAUCUCUCAACUGGGAUACAGGGUCGAUGAUAUGCUGUGGAUAGGCCUUAACGACCACAAGACUGACCUCUUGUUUGAAUGGAGCGACCAGUCCAGUGUGAGAUUCACCCACUGGAGUGUUGGAGAGCCCGCCCACAGUCAGCGGAGAAAGCACUGUGUUCUCAUUAAUGGCGCGGACGGCAAGUGGAGCGACGCCGCGUGUGAGAACAAACACGGGUUUGUGUGCAAGACCAACUCAGCUCCCAAACCAAGUGGAGGAACUGUGGAGACCAAUCCAGGCUGCAAGCCUGGAUGGAGAAGACAUGGCUCAUAUUGCUACCUCACCGGGGCUGAGGUGAAGACGUUUCAGGAAGCUAAGGAAGCGUGUAGCAGCUCCGGCUCUUAUCUGGCUGACGUUCCAAACGGAAUAGACAAUGCCUUUCUGGUGAGCCUGUUGGGGAGGAGGUCAGAAAAGCACUUCUGGAUUGGUUUGGACAAUAAGAGAAACUAUGAGUUCUUUGAGUGGACAACCAAUCAGGUUGCGACCUAUACUCACUGGAAUGCAGGAAUGCCAGGCAGACUACAAGGCUGCGUUGCCAUAUCAACUGGGAUUGUGGCUGGAUUAUGGGAUGUCCUGAGCUGCACAAAUAAGGAAAAAUAUAUCUGCAAGCAUCUGGCAGAAGGGGUGGUCAGUACAGUUGCCCCAGCAACGCCAGUCCCUUCCAGGUGUGCUGAGGACUGGUCUCCUGUGGGAAAUAGACACAUGUGCUUCAAGUUCUUCACCGGGCCACGGUCAGGGGAGAAGACCUGGUUUGAGGCCAGAGAUUACUGCAGGGCGAUCGGAGGGGACCUCCUCAGCAUCCACAGCAAACUGGACGAGGCUUCAAUCCAUAGGAGAGGUAAAGCCUGGGUGGGCCUCAGCGCUCUGGACCCGCAAACUGGCUGGGCGUGGAGCGACGGAUCUCCGCUCAAUUUCCAAAACUGGAUGGAGGGAGAGCCAAACAGCCAUAUGGCUGUGGAGCUGUGUGUUGAACAUCACUAUGGUGACGAAGGACUAUGGAACGAUAUUCACUGUGAAAGCUACAAUGACUGGUUCUGUCAGAUCCAAAAAGGAGUGACACCACACCCUCCUCCAAAUGACACUAUUGCAGACUACAAUAGCACAGAGGAUGGCUGGCUGCUGUACAAGGGUUAUCAGUAUUACAUCAACCAUGAUACAGAGCACAUGCAGGAGGCCAGAAAGUUCUGCAAAGAUAAUCAUGGUGACCUAGCAACCAUCAACGGAGAAGAGGAAAACAUCUUCUUGUGGAAACAGAUUGCCAGAGAAUAUGGAGAUUAUUAUAUUGGACUAUCAGUGGAUUAUGACAGUUCAUUUGGGUGGAUGGAUGGCUCUCCACUGGUGUUUCAGAGAUGGUACCAGGAAUUUCCGAGCUUUAAAAGUUUCGACGAGAACUGUGUGCUCAUGACCAACAGCAUGGGGUUCUGGCAGAACGUCAACUGUGGGACGGAGAUGAAAUCCUUCUGUAAGAGGAGGGCCACCCCUCCGGUGAACAGCACCGUGGCCCCCACCCCCCCCCCGCGGGGGAGAUGCCCAUCCAACUGGCUCCACUUCAGGUCAAAGUGUUACAAAGUGGUGACGUCUCCGGAGUCUUGGCACGAGGCCAAGGUGAGAUGCAGAGACAUGGCAGGAAACCUGGCUUCCGUCAUUACGAGACAGGUGCAAGUAUUUCUGAUGAGCAUGUCGUCUGGUGGCAGUAUGGACCUGUGGAUUGGUCUGACCAUGUUUGGCCGAGACCAGUUCCUCUGGACUGACAGCCAGCCUUGCAAAUAUGCCAACUGGGCUGAAGGGCAACCUGAUUCUUAUUAUUGGAGAUGGAGUCGCCGAUUUUUUUCCGUAGAGAAUGAGUGUGUUGUGAUGUCCAGUGGGCCCUCCAGUGGGAAAUGGGUGACCAAAAACUGCAACGACACAAAUGCAUACAUCUGCCAGCGCCCACUGGAUCCCAAUCUCCCCCCGGAUCAGCCCACGUCGUACCCCAAAACCCCCAUCAAGUUAGGCAACGAUUCCUACCAGGUUGUGACCCAGAAGAUGAGCUGGAUGGACGCCAAAAGUCAGUGUGAGAGACAGAGCGCUCAGCUGGCCAGCCUUCUGCACGAGGAGGCCCAGGCUUACGUGGAGCUGCAGGUUAUGAAGCUCAACGCUCCUCUGUGGAUUGGUCUCAAUAAGGAAGAGACGGGUGGAUAUUUCAGAUGGAUCGACAACUGGCUUCUGAAACUGACUCACUGGGGCCCAGACGAGCCCGCUAAGAGGAACCCCUGUGUGUACAUAGAUGUGGACGGAAAGUGGAAGACCUCUCUUUGCAACCACACCUACUUCAGUGUCUGCAAACAGUCCAGAGACACCCCCCCAGAGCUACCUGAGCAGUAUGAAGGUGUGUGCACCGUGGAGGAGGAUGGACCAGAAGAGUUGCCAUGGAAAUCGCCCGUCUCCUGGAUACCGUUCCGCGGCCACUGUUAUUCCUUCUCCUUAGACAACGAGGCUUGGAAUUCUGCCAUGAUGGACUGCAUUUCCCUGGGGGCAAGUAUGGUUAGUAUCGAGAAUCCUGCUGAACAAGCUUUCAUCAAAAACCACAUAGAGAUCUUUAAAGACACUCGUACAAGCUUCUGGCUCGGUCUCUACAAAACCGUCACUGGGAAGUGGCUAUGGAUAGAUAAAUCUGUGAUGGACUACACUAACUGGGAUGAGGACAGCCCUGAUAACGAAUAUGGCCAGAUCUCUACAAGCGGGAUGUGGUCCACUGAACACAGGUGGGCCACAGCAGGCCACAUCUGCAAGAAAGCAAAAGUACCACUUCAGAUCUCAAAUCCUACAAAUGCACCUAACCUGGAGGGUAACCAUAGCACCCACGCUGGUAUAGUGGUAGCAAUGGUUCUUAUCGUCCUCUCAUUGGUCGGAGUCGGAGUCUUUAUUAUCUACAAGCGAUCAGGACGAUCCCUGACCAUCCCCUUUGAGAACCCUCUGUAUUUCAACCAAGGACAUUCCAAGGACAACGUUGUAGACAGCAAUAAACUGAUCGAGGAUUAAGGACCCUCAGCCGACGGCACCGUGAUAGGAUAUGUAUUAUAAUCAUUGAAACACAAAUCAUUUUUGCUGAAUCAUUUCUGGUCACGUUUUUUUCUAAAAUGCUGAUUCACUUAGAAGGCAGAUAUGAACCUUCUUGUAUCUGAGACUAGUUCACUGAAUGUUCACCUACAACUCUAUCUUACCUAAACUGUAAAUCAUAAAAUGGUGUCUCAAACGU